UGGAGGCAAGCAUGUGUUGACUGGUUCGCAUGUGGAAACGCGGUCUUCGUACGUGCUGUAGGCCGAGCAACUUCAAGGUAACGUGGGGAGCAUCUUUUAAGACGACAACCUUGACUCUCUCUCUCUCUCUCUCUCUCUCUCUGCACAGGAACAUUGAGAGAGAGAAAGAGAGAGAGAGGAAUGGGGUCUUCCAACCAUGCUUCAGCUUUGGUCGUCUGUGCUUUGGCCUUAGCCAUGGCCUGCACCGCCGUAGCACAGAACACCCAGCAAGACGCUGUGGGCGCCCACAACUCCGCCCGGGCCGCUGUCGGCGUCGGUCCUGUGUCAUGGGACGACGACAUCGCCUCCUAUGCUCAGAAGUUCGCCAACAAGCGCGUCGCCGAUUGUCAGCUCGUGCAUUCCGGCGGGCCUUACGGGGAGAACCUCUUCUGGGGCACCGGCGGAGCCUACACCCUGACCGACGCCGUCAACGCCUGGAUCGCGGAGAAGCAGUACUACGACUACGAAAGCAACUCCUGCGCCGACGGUCAGGUAUGCCGACACUACACGCAGGUCGUGUGGCAGAACACUACGGCCAUCGGCUGCGCUAGGACACAGUGCAGCGACGGCAACGGCAUAUUUAUCCUCUGCGACUAUAGCCCUGCGGGCAACCUUGUGGGUCAACGCCCUUAUGAGGAGAAGGCACAAGAAAACAAUAUACUGAGCUUGAUCGUCUUGUUCGAGUCGAGUAGUGUUCUUGGUGUGAGACAACUCUGACCUCGAAUCCUGUGAAGCAGAAGAGGCAGGUGUUGAUGUAGCAGAUUCUUGUUUGUUUCCGCUUGCUGUGUUUCUUGAAUAGCCGACUGCAUCUCCAUCUUCCACCAUGCAUUUAGGGAAUAUCUGUGCAAUAAAUGCAUCGUUUCGAA